CGCCCCGCGCCCGCCGCACGCGCCCUGCGCCCGCCGCCGCACGCGCUCGCUUCGCCCCCUCCGGUUUCUUCUUUUCUCCCCGCCUACCAUCCCCCGUUUCGUGCCGCUCUCCCCGCCGUUCACUUCCUACCCGUUCGCUGCACCGUACCUCAGCCAUGCCCGCCGACACGGGCAUGGAGAAACCGACCGCCUCGCCCAUCGCCGGCGCGCCCGCCAGCGCCAGCCACACGCCGGACAAGCCGCGGAGCGCCAGCGAGCACCGGAAGGUAAAUGGAGGAGGAGGAGGAGGAGGAGGGUGCCGGUCGGGGCGCAGCAACGGUGGCGGCGGAGCUGGAUGGCGGCAAGCCCGCGGCCGUGCUGAGUCGUCCAAGCCCAUCAUGGAGAAGCGGCGCCGGGCGCGGAUCAAUGAGAGCCUGGGGCAGCUCAAGACGCUCAUCCUGGACGCGCUCAAGAAGGACAGCUCGCGGCACUCCAAGCUGGAGAAGGCGGACAUCCUGGAGAUGACCGUCAAGCACCUGCGGAACCUGCAGCGGGUGCAGAUGACCGCCGCGCUCAGCGCCGACCCCACCGUCCUCGGCAAGUACCGGGCCGGCUUCAACGAGUGCAUGAACGAGGUGACCCGGUUCCUGUCCACCUGCGAAGGGGUCAACGCGGACGUGCGCACGCGGCUCCUGAGCCACCUCUCGGCGUGCCUGGGCCAGAUCAUGGCCAUGAACUACCCCCCUCCUCCUCCUCCUCCUCCGCCCGCCCAGCCCGCACAUCUGGCGCAGCAGCCGCUGCACGUCCAGCUGCCCCCGGGCGCCGCCGGAGCCGUGCCCGUGCCCUGCAAGCUGAACCCCGCCGAGGCGCUGUCCCCCAAGGUCUACGGCGGUUUCCAGCUCCUUCCGGCCACCGACGGCCAGUUCGCCUUCCUCAUCCCCAGCCCGGCCUUCCCGCCCAGCUCCGGACCGGUUAUUCCUCUCUAUGCCAACGCCAACGUGCCGGUGGCGGCGGGCGGCGGCUCGGGGAACGCGGCCGCCACCCCCUCGGCGUCGCCGGUGCAAGGCUUGACAUCAUUUGGGGGCAGCAUCGGGCCGGCGUCGCAGGCCGGGAGUCCCGUUGGAGAGCGCAGUGAAUCCGUCUGGAGACCCUGGUGACUUCCUCCGAGUCAUUCCCCGUCUCCAAAAACAACAAAAAAACCAACAACGAACUCUCGUUGGCUCCGUUGUAUGGAGCCCCUGUUAUGUCUUGGGGUUUUUUAAAGCAGAUUUAAAGCAGAAAGGAAGAAAAGGACCUCGCUAUGAACGUGCUAUUUAUUAUUUUCAGAGGUUGGGAUCUCGACUUGUAUUUUUACUCCUUUAAAAUGCCUUUAUUUGAGAUACUUUUUUUAAAGAAACGAACAAAAGAAAAAAAUAAAUGAGAAAUAGUUUUGUAACGAAUAUUCAAAAAGUUAUGAUGCCAAAGUUGUUUGUAUCCCGUUGGUCUGUGGGUGUGUGCGUGCCUGUGUCGAAGACUUCCAAAAACGAAAAGAGAAAAAAAAUGCAGGUGUUUCAAUAAAGGAACUCUUUGAAAUAGAUUUUUUUUCCACCAUUUCAUUUUGUUUGAGAGUGGGCAAGGACA